AUGAUUAGAGGAGGAAAUUAUGGUGUCAAUAGCGUUAAAAUCUUUGGCAAUGAAAAUAUAAAUUCCAUUGACCCUUUCAUGGAUAGAUUCUUAUGGGAUCAAAUGAUGACUCACUACCCUAACCAUCAACAAAAUAGUGCAAGUGUUUUUCCUUACUCUUAUGGUUCAAACUAUGAGUUUAUGUGGCCAAAUGCUCAAGAAUCAAUUAAUCGGGUCAUAGCAAAUGAAGAAGCUUCGGAGUGGAAUAACUUCAACCAAAACCCUACAUUUUGCCUUAAGGAUAUUCAUGGUUAUGGUGAAAACACCAAAAUUUUGGAAAGCAAAUCUACAAAAGAUACUUCUAUGGUUUUGAUCAAAGGACAAUGGGCAAAUGAAGAAGACAGGAAAUUGAUAAGGUUGGUGAAGCAAUAUGGUGAAAGAAAAUGGGCUAAAAUAGCUGAGAAGUUAGAAGGAAGAGUUGGCAAACAGUGUAGAGAGCGAUGGCAUAAUCAUUUGCGUCCUGAUAUUAAGAAGGAUAAUUGGAGCGAAGAAGAAGAGAAAAUAUUAGUAGCUAUGCAUGCAAAAAUUGGAAACCGUUGGUCUGAGAUCGCAAAGAAAAUUCCCGGAAGAACAGAAAAUGCCAUAAAAAAUCACUGGAAUGCUACAAAAAGAAGACAAAACUCACGAAGAAAGAACAAGAAGAAUGAAACUUCUAAGGGAUCAAAACCAAAGUCCUCCGUACUUGAAGACUAUAUUAAAAAAACCAACACAUCCAUCACUACCAAUAAAAUUACCAACAUACCCUCUUCGUCUCAUUCAACACUCUCUCAAAAACUUCAAGAAAAUCAAUCGAACCUUUUGUUCAAUGAAUUACCCUCUGAUUCUUUUUCCAAUGAAUAUUUGAAAUUUUUUCAAGGUAAUAUUGUUGAUGAUGUGAAUGAGAGUGGGUUUGUUAAUUCAAUCCAUCAAUACCCAAAUUACAACAUGCACUUGGAUGAGACUACUCCUAUGAACAAUUUCCUUUCUUAUGAUCUUUACCUCUCUCAAUUGUUGAACUUAUAG